AUGCGUUAUGGAAGAGUGAAGUGCUCCAAAGAACCAGCAACAAAGCAAGAUUCCCUGGCCUGGAAAACUUCCCACCCAGGGCAGAAGCUGAAAAAGCCCCAGCCUCUCUUACCUGACUCCAGUCCUGGCGCUCGGAGACCAGGAACGGGACCCCGAGGAGGCGAUGCAGCGCAGGGCUGCCUGGCGGCACUCCCACCGCCCCCGUGGGGCCUGCCAGGCCUCGGGAGGAGGCAGAAGAGCAGGGACCGCGCAAAAAUCUUCCGCUACCCAAAACGCAAAUCUGCUUCCCUUCCUACAGCAACAGGUGCUGGUAAGGAAAAGCUAUUUCUUUCCUCUUUCCCGCCUCGAGGGACCUCGACGUUCACUGGUAACUUUGUCUACUAUAUUCAAUCUGUGCUCCCAGAUGACAUAGUAAAAACAGUACUGGAGAAAAUAGGCUACAUUGCAACAACAGCAACAGAGUUUUCACUUGUCAGAAAGAGAAACAAUGAGGAAAUAAAGCAGACUGCAUUUGAAAUAUUCCUGGCAAGAACUGAGUGUGAAACUAUCCUCAAAAUGACAAAUGAAGAAAAACAAGGCAAUUUGGAGAAGACCCUACAGAAGAGAACACAGAUGCACUGGCCUCAUGGAGAUAAGAACAGAGAGGAUCAGACACCCCAGGGAGACAACUCUGAAAAUCUGGAAAACAAAGAAAACAGUGAGACAUCUUUGUGCCCUGCUAUUCAACGAAAGUCUUCAACUAACAGUGAUAUAUCCUUUGAAGCUGCUAGGGAUCUCAAGAUCAAAGAUGAUGUGCCUGAGUUAGCAGUUACUCAAUCCACUAACACGCUUCAGGAACACCAAAGGCAAGUCAUUAACACAGCACACUUUCCGGGCAAAUGCUCAGACAGCGAGGACUUCUUGAUCAAAUAUAGUGACAUUGUCAUAAGACAAACACCUAUUUUCAGUGAGAAUCUUUCUCAAAAAGCUUUUGAAAAAAAGCCAAGAGACAGUCUAAGUGAAGAAUGUGUUUUGGCAGUCACUGCACAGUCAACUGAAAAUGAGAUCCUGCCUGUGCCACUCUCACCAGGAGCAAGCGGUCCACCAGCCUUUGCAAUAUUUGCUGACAGCUCUUGUGACAAUAAAAACAGUUUGGAGUGCAAAGCUCAAGAAGCCCCUGAAGAAUCAAUUGAAGGAAAAAUUAGCGAUGCCAUAAACUGCAUAGAUCCACACCCUGCAGAUGAACCUAAUGAGCUGAAGUCUCUGCCGUACAAGGAUAUUGCAUCUGUCCCAGACCACAGUGUCCCUAGGGAAGAGGAUGUCAGUGAGUUGUCUUUAACCUUUACUAAACUACAAAUUAAGGAAGCUCAAGAAGAGGUGAUGUAUCCAGUAGAGGAAAGCGGGCAACCUGAGUCAAUAGCAUAUGUAACUACAAGUGACAGGGAUGCAAGAAACUUUAAUCAUUCCAAAAUAAAAUGUGCAUACACAAGUAAUGCUCAGACACAGAGUAGAGCAGCUGCACGUAUUGAGCUGUCUUCAGAUCUAUGCUGUUCUACUAGGAACAUGGAGGAUCCCACCAAUGGCUCUGAGAAUAAAAGACUAAUAAUGGAUGGUCCUAACGCACACACAGCUUCUGCGUGCUUCAGACUUAUUAGGGAGCCACCUAAUCCCACCUACAUCCCACCACAAAGUAUUGAUGUCCAAUCUCCAAGCACAAGCAGCACCACUGCGCAUGGCAGAAAGAACCUGUUGCAGCCUGAAGGAGACUUUCCUGAAUCCAGCAAAGUAAAGCUGGACAGUUAUAAUUUAAAAAUAAAUGAAAUCCAGGAGCCUUAUGUCAUCAUUGACAAAACUGAUUAAGGAAUGUCUUGCCAUCGUAUUAAUUCUACCGGUGCUUUAUUUGUAAGAAAGAUGCCUGGUUUUUUCCUCACUUGUGGCCUUGAUCAUCAUCAUCUUCAACAAGAUGAUUAGCCUUGUCACAACAAUGAAAAACCGUAACACUUUUGGACAAGUGGAAAAAAAAAAAAAGGAGGGGGGCAGAAAUAGUUGAACAAGUUUUAAAUGGCCCCUCCGUACGUGGAACCAUGGGUAUUCAAAUCUGAAUGUUCACCUUUCUAAAAUGAAGAUACUUUCAUAAAUUUGCUCCAUUUAUUAUUUAAACCUCUAGAUCCCUUCUGGCUUUACUUAACGGCCGACAGGUUUCUUCAGUUCAGCAUCCUGCUACUUCUGCUUUUUCUAAAGACCUGUUCUUGUAAAAAUCCAAGAAUGAAAAUGGAGCGAGUCUAGCAUGCUGUACAAUGACAGAAACGGGUAAAUGUUUCUAAACUGGAAACCCCUACCUUAUAGCUUCACAAAUGCUUUACUGAAGGGCAUUUCUGUUAGCUCAUGACAUUCCUGUGGAGCUGUGCUCUGAGCUAAUAUUUCUUCUGUCAUCAGCUGAAAAUAGGUUUAGAAAGUCUGAUAACAUUCCUUUAAAAAAAAAAAAAAAACAACUGUGAAUGUUUUGGGGUUUAUUUUUUGCAUUGAGGUAAUAGCAUGGAUCAUCUAGACAUGAUAACCUUUAUCACAGGUUUCAUUUGUGUCUGUCACCAAAACUUUUCGUGGCAAGUGCUGCAAAUAAGCUCUGAGCAUCAUGAUAGUUCACUGCUACCAAAGGAGGGAGAUCUUGCUACAGCUGUCACCUCCCUUGCCCUUGUUUCUGCCAUUAAUCUGGCACCAUCUCUAGAGUUUACUGGGACUUUCUCUGAGCCAGUUUAUCUCACUAAAAUGAAAGGGAUACAUUCCCUGGCGCUUCAGUGGCUGGAGAGAAGGGAGGAGAAAAAAAAUCAGAAAGAUCAGAGAGGGGUUCCAAUAAGCAUUAGAGCUAGGACAAGGGACAUCCUGUAGAGGAGUGUGGCGUGAGCUGAGAAGGAAAGGGAGCAAGAUUGUUAUUACCAGCUCAACUGUAUGUGCAACUGCAGUUGGAAUCCGAAUACUGAGAACCUCAGUCAACUCUAAUGCCUUGCUGGAAAAGUAUCUAAUAAAACAUUUAAUUACAUUUUGAAUUUAGAAGAGCAAGCAGUCAGCUGUACUGCAUUUCAGCACAGAAUCUUCCAUGCUGCUUUAUAAAAAUAUUACCUAGAAAGACAGCUUAUUUCAAUACUGUUUCAAGUAACUUCAACAACCUGCUUAGUAAAAAUUACUUUGGUAUUUCCAGUAGCACUUCAAUCCUAAGAAUGUUUCAUUUCAUUCAUACCUGAAAUACUGACUGAAAUUAGUUUGUAUUAAUUGCUUAUAAUGGAUUUCCAUGCCAAAAAGAAUUCAGAGGGGAACAAAGAGAUGAUACUGGGAAAAACUUGGGAACUAAAAAUGGAAGAUCCUCUGCUUUUUGAGCAACUCAUUGAAGUCCUGACAUCGCUUAAUUUGAGCAGCGUAGGAGGAAUAAAACUUUGACCAAACUAAUUUCAAAGGAUAAAACUGCUUUCAGCUUUGGGUGGGGGUUUGGGGGAGGAUGAAUAUUGCAAAUAUGUAUACACACAUCAGCAUCUCCUUGCUCUUCUGUCUUUGAAGUACCUAUCAGUGUUCUUGCUAACCAUUUUGGUUUUUAUAGUUUAUAUUUUUCCCCCUGUGGGGGUUAUUAAAACUCUGUUUUAAAUCUUAUGUUAAUUGUCCAGGAACUCUAUAAUUUAAGGCUGAAAAACUCCUUCUCACCACAAAUGAAGAUGCUUUCUGAAGUACUUAGAGGACCACCAGCACUACAGGAUCCAUAUACCUAUCAUGCCAUUUCUUAUUUUUACCACAUUCCUUAGAGGAAGAGUAAUUAAUAGCAACUUACUUACACAUGAAAAGCCAAGGCACAAAGAAACUAAAGACCACCUCUUGAAGUGUCACCGUUUUAUGGGCCUAAUUCCAUUACUGCUGUAUUUCUGGCCUUCAUUAAACCCUUGGUCAGUUAACAUCUACUGUGAGAAGCACUAGAAGUCAAACACCAGCUUCUCCUGAUAAGCCUGUACAAAAUUGCUUGCCUUCAUGAUACCUGGCAGGUAGGGCACCUAGACCUUUACGUUGCCCCAUUCCGAGCAAAGUUCUGGAGCUGGGUCUAUGUCCCAGAGCUUAUGAGCAACCUGACAAGGGGAAAACACAGGCCCAGUUCACUAACAGAUUUAUCUACCAAAUAAAAGGAACACUGGUGGAGAUAGAUUAAGGAUAUUAAUAUAUUUUAUUUCUGAACAAAGCCCACUAAACAAACAGUUGCACAAAACCCGUGGAAUAUAAGAUGGCCACAUUCUGAGAAUUUAGUAUUUGAUAAUGUUUGUGCACCUGCAUCAAAAAGAAAUUUCCUCUUUACAGCAGAUUGACCAGGACUGUUAAGCGUUCUGCCUGCCUUUAUAGAGGGAGGCACUGUCCACUUCAAACCUCUUGGAUGUUUUCAUCUGAAUUUCCUAUUAUUACAAGGACACCUUUGAUUUUUCUUCCUGUAAAAUGGUAGAUUUUGAGGUCUUGUACUGAAAGCUACUUUCGUAUUCCCAAAUUUCUGGGGUCUGCUCCGGGACAACUCCGUUUCAUAGUUACAGACUCUUGUGAAGGGACUGGAUCCGAAAACCAGUCAAAAACAAGAGACAAGUCAUGUAUUUAAUAGGCCUUAAGCUGUGUUCCUUUGUGCAACUACCACAUGGGCAGGGUAGAAGUGGGUCCAAAAUCAUGUUUGUAAAUCCAGUCAGACCUGAGAGGAAGACAGACAGACAAAAGGGACCAUGAGAUUUCUGGCCCCAUCUGCCAGUGUCCUCCUGUCCCUGUUGCUAAUGACCACUGCACCUUGCCUAAUUAACUUAAACGAGAGAAACCACUUAAGUACUGCUGCUAGCCAGCAAGAGUGCUGGCUGCCUGGGCCUCUUUCUCAAGAAGGGUGAUCUGUGUUUGUAAAAUGCAUGCGUAUCCUCUUGUGAGCUGUCAACUUUAACUGUGCUACAGCUGGUCCUGAUUGACUAUGAACCAAAUGGGGAUUUACUAACUGAUUGGUUAUUUUUCUAUCAUAGAGACACAAGGCCAACGCUGUCCCCAAAUUUAUAUGCUACACACAACCCCUUUGAACAGUUCCGCUCUCAAACCUUGGAUUAGAGAAAUUCUUUUGAUCAGUGCAGACACAGAUCUCAGGCUGAAGUCCCUGGUAGCUGGUGAUAUUAUUCAGUCACAUGGCCUCUCCCACUAGGUCUCUUAAAAAAGUCAUUUUCCCCCUUAGCAUUCAUAUCACACAUACACCUUUGCCCUGUCUGGAGCAAAGGUAUUAACCAUAGCUUGGCUUUAGAACAAACCCUUUGCUUUUAAAAGCCAGGAACCAAAACCAAAUUUCAGUGCGAGACCUCCAAAAAAGAACAGACUGGAAAACUGGCAGAUACUAAAUGAACAAAGAAUUACCAUUUCUUUCAGGAUCGUAAGUGAAAGUUUUUAAAGACAAUGUAACAAAUAGCCUGAGACACAAACACAGCAGGGCUGACAGCGACUGGGAAGGUGCUGCAAAGCACUGAUGAAGAUAGGUAUGCUUCUAAUGCCCAGAACUGUCUCAACACAUAAAGACAAUUUCUGAAACACCACUUUGUCACUUUGUUCUUACCUAAACACUCGGAGAGUAACAACUAGUGACCUCCCUACAGGUUGCACCACAUGUCUAUUUACACAGUAAAUUGCAAAUCAAGGCUGAAGGGCCCACCCAUUGAAAAUGAGCAGGCACAGCUCUCUAAGCGAGACAGCUGAUUAAAUCUCACAAAGCUCCUUUCCACGGGAUUUCUAUAGUAAAAAAUCUGAAAUAAAGAGUAGGAUGGAAUAUACCAAGCAGCAUAUUCACAGUGAAAUUCCUAAUACCUUUAUACUUACUGCAGAAAGGGAGUGGGGGUGGGGGCAUAUAUAUCACAGUUACCAGACAGAAAGCUCUAGGAUGGAGCAGAGGAUCCAACUCAAAGCCUUUUGGCAUAAAAAUAAAUAAAAAAAGUAGUAUGCAUGCAAUACAUUGGUAACAAACAGAGCUCCUCUAGUUUGUCACUCUCCCAUUCUAACUUGUACAUUCAGAUAGAGAUCACUCUGUUAGGUGCAAGUUUACACAGCACUUACCAAAAUGGUGCUCUGAUCCUGAUACAGCACAAACAGUUGUCAGUGCCAGCCACUAUUAAAAGACUGAUAAACCAGGACAGCAUCUGGACUGGACAAGACGACUACAUUUAUCUCAUGUAGGAAUGAACCUAUUAGUUUUUGUUCUGAAACUUUUCAUUUUUGAAAGCCGGCAACUUUCUUUUAGCCCCAUCAAGUGCCUCAAUUGGUCAAAUGCUGUAAAACACCAUUUUACCAUAAUUCUCCCCUUACUUAUUCUGCUUUAGAUAUACACAAGGUGUGCUUAAACCUCCAUACUCUACAGAAAGGAUGGGAUCCUCAGAGUCCUGAGAGAGGAGGGUAACUUGCUAGGAGAGCCCUUACUCAGGAGAGGUACAGAGAGCUUCAGGCCAGAAUCUUUUAACAGCAGCUGGUGGCAGAACAACCAGCCCUCCCCACAGUCUCUGCAGGAGGAAGUGCAUUGAAGAGAGAUGCUAGACUAUUUAUAGGUGUGGGCAGUCCUUUUGUGUGCUGUUUACACAGGUGAAGACACGUUCUGAGAUUUCACAGGACCUACGGUCUUGAAUAGUCAUCUAUCUGAAAUGAUUAAUCAAACAAGUAAGAUCUCCUAAACACGAUUCCCAAGCUAAAAGACAAAAGCAGACAAAAGGUCAGACUAAAGAGAAUGCACCUGUUCAACAACAUUUUUUUUUUUUUGCAGUAUCUCUAUUUCACUUCGAACCAAUUUAUAUGCUGCUACCAGAUGCUGCUGAUUUGCUAACAUGCCUUGACCAGGACAAAGUAAAUAUCCAAGUCUGGACAGAACAUCCAUCCAAAAUACAUAAGCAAUAAGAAAAAGCCAGUACAGAAGGAGACAGCACUUUUCAUUUAGAUUGCAGUUAAACUGUGGAACGCAUUGCCACAGGGUAUUAUGCCAAACUUUACAAAGGCUCACAAAGUGAUAAAUUUCCAGAAUAAAAAUCCACCAUGGGCUAUUAAACACAAAGAUAAACCAAUGGCUCAGGAAACCAAAAAGAACUAGAAAGUCUUAAAGGGAGAAGAAUCACUGUUCCUUAAUUUGUACACUGUUCCAGAAGGCAUCCACUACUAGCUAUUGUGGGAAACAGAAUACCACAAAGGUUGACUGACUCAGUACAGUCAUUUUUGUCAGAUGCUAUGUUUCUGUGAUUUUCUUCAAGUAAUCUGAAACUUACACAGUGAGAACGAGUCUCUCAUCUUCACAGCGCAAGAUGUGCUGAUAAAACCUUAAUACUCCAUUAGGAGAAGUAACUAAAAAUUAGUAUUAAGAAUUUUAAUUCAUCUCAUAGACACCUAAAAUAGAUUUCCAGAUAUAGAAACAGAUUUUGCCAAAAUGUCUGCAAAUCCAGUUACACAUGUUCAGGUUUUAAGUAAACAUUACAUCCUGCCUUAUAGGACAGAUCUUUAAAAAACGACACAAGUUGCAGUUUGUUUAUAUGAUCCAUUCCACCGAUUUCAAAGUUCAGUAUGCCCACAGAAACAGGGUACCUUCUAUGGUAUUUUGUGUCUUGCUGCCAAAUCAUUGCCUCUCAGACAGUCACAAAAAGAACCAAAUAUAUGUCAGGAUAACGGUAAUUGCCCUUUCUUUUUAUUCCCCAUCAACUGAGGAAAUGAAAGCAAAUCCCAAGCUUAAAAACAACUCUUUUGUGGUUGUUUUAAUACCUUUUAUCUACACAUCUAUAGCAGACUGGAAACAUUGUACAUUUAAAACAUACACCAAGCAACCUGUUUUGUUUUGCUCCCAGUUCUCAUUAAAUAUCCUAAGAUUCCUGUAUACAAAAAUCUAUAAAUGAAGUCAUACAUAACAAAACCUAAAACAAUCAUAUUAUCUGUAGCCAUUACACUUGUAAUCUUUAAGAAAUAAGUUACAUAAAUAAUUUAUAUUCCUUUUAUUAUAAUUGUGACCAUCAAUAACUUCCAUCCAAACUGCUGUUUUGAUAAAAUGAAGGAAAAAAAAAAAAAAGAGAUCUGAUCAAUAAGUUCCUUUUAAAAGCAAAAAGAAAACAGUAAGUUAAAGAUUCUUUGUACAGAACAAAUAAAGUGCUCUUUUCUGGACUGUCAGGUUACUGUGCAAAUAUACGUCACUUGGUUCUAAAAUCCAUAAUCAAUUUGGAGUUAGGAACAAACUGCUGAUGACUGUACCUUACACACUUACAAACUAUUUCCUUGGAAAUAGUUCUUUUGGUCUCUUUUAGAAGAAAAAGAAAACUGAAAGUUUCAAGAAGAAUUCAAGAAUGACUACUAUGCCACCACAAAUAAGCUUCAGUAAGUAAGAUAACUUAAAAUGUAAAAUCUUAUUUUUUAAGCUAGAAUUAUAAAGCUUUCCAGCCAUCGAAUGGCAAAACUGGAUUCACAAGCUUCAGCAUAUCAAUUUAGUACCUCACUAGGAAAUGCUCUCUCAGUGCACUGAUCAUUUUCCAAUUGUACUGACUGGAAAAAUAAUUCCCAUCAGAUAUAAAAAAGAAAUGACUGCAUUUCUUUACUUGGAAAAAGGUGCUAUCAUUUCAAUUACAGCUAUUUGGGGGCUUAUGCAACUACCACAAAAUUACAAAAUAAAAGCAGUGAAGUGAUGUAUCUCCAAGAAUGAUAAAAUCAGCUGCUGUUCAUAACCAGGUAAAAUGCAUAAAAAAGCCAGGUAACUGAAAUUACUAUCCCUUCAACAAGUUACAGUCUAGAUACUAACUGACUGAAAUACUAACAGAAGUCCUGUUAUCUAUUUUUAGGAAUAUUCACUGCAGAGCUAUGACAGAUGCUCAGCUACAUUAACAUAAGUGUGUUUUAAAGCACUGUUAACUUUGUUUGCUCCAAUUAAAUCAACCAAAACUUUUAUGAAAAAGUAAUGAUACACAAUACUUCAGGAAUCAUUCCCCUCAAAUUAAACAAAAAAGUUAAUAUGCAAACGGUCAUAAAACUCUUCCAUUAAAAGCAUUAACCUGAAGACUACACUCAAGAGGGUAAAGUGGAAACGAAGAGCAACUCAAUAUGUUAGCCAACAUCAGAGCAAGAAGUAAGCCUCCACUGUGUUUCUCUGCUCUCAGAGAAAAUAGUUCUCCAAGAAAAAGUUCAUCUAAGAAGUUAGGAAGCCAAAACAGUUAAGAAAGCAAUUAAUUCCAGGACUUAUAUCACCAUCUGAAAGGAACAGAUACAAUUCUGUGCAUCCUGUGUUUUCACUGGUCUUCAACUCAGCCAUGGUAGGGCCAGUGAUUUAAUGAAAACAACUGAGAAAUAAGCUCUUUUAAACAUCUGGCAUAAAACUACUCAGACCCAUUCUGCAAACACCUAUGAAUUUUACAUUAUUCUUUUAUUGCCACUGAAUUCAGUGGGACUAUGCUAGUUCACAGGUAUCUACAGGACUACAACUUUAUUGUGAUUUUAUGUAAAGCAGAAGAAACUUACAGAAUUCAAUGAAAUUACACUAGUGUAAACAGGAUUAGAGUAAGAUCCCCUAUCCUGAAAUGACAAAACUUAUUUAACAACGUUACUAUAACGUGAUGUAUUUCACUUGCUUCUUCUAAUAAUAGCGGAUAUCUCACCUCUCAUAUGGAACUAUUUCUUUCAAAUUACAAAAAUAGGAUUGUCAUGGGAAAAAAAA